GUAUAAAGUAGAACUAAAAGGUAUAAACUUUAUAAUACUAAUACCACAACUAUAGCUAAUACUUUCUAUCAUCUUUAUAUAUUAACAAACACACAUGCACUGCAAUCAUUCAUCAACAUUGUAUUAAUAGUUAUUAAGUUUAUUUUAAGUCAGUCUUAUACUUGAAGUCUUUUAAUAAAGUUCUCUUUUAUAUUUAAGUUAAAAUACUUAAAAGUCUUUUAUUUGAAACACAUAACAUGGUGUCAGGUGUGUGUCACUAAGUCUUAAAAAAAAAAAAAAAAAAAAAAAAAAAAAAAAAAGUAUAAACGCAAUUCAUGCCGCCCAAAAUUGAAGAAGUGCCCCCAGCAAUGACAACUGUGUCAUCAGCAAUGACACCUGUAUCAUCGGUGUCACAACUAAACCUAAAAAGCACAAAUUUGCCAGCCGCAUGGAAGCACUGGCUCAGUCUAUUUAAAAUCUAUUUACGUGCUUCUAGUCUCGAGGAGCAAACAGAUAGCAGAAAAGUAGCAUUGUUGCUUCAUUACAUGGGUCCUGAUUCACUGGAUAUAUUCAAUUCUUUCAAUGAAGAUCUGGAUAAAAUCACAUACGAUGCCCUUGUGAAAAAACUGGAUGCUUACUUUCUUCCAAAGGUGAACAUUGUAAUGGAAAGAUAUUCAUUUUUUUCCAGGCGGCAAGGUCCAGACGAAUCCAUAGAUGAAUUUGUCACUUCGCUAAAAAACUUAAGUCUGACAUGCGACUUUGGAAGCAUACGUGAGGACUUGGUACGCGACAUAUUCAUUUGUGGACUUCACAACAAGUUUUCUCAUCUAAAAGAAAAACUUCUCAAUGAAGAAAAAAUCAGUUUGGAAAAAGCAGUCCUAAUAUCCAGAAGCAUGGAGCUCAACAAAGAGCACGUCCAACAAUUGCAAGCCCAGCAAACAAGCAGUUUCAUCGGUGCUUUGCAUAGGCAAAACAACAACUCGUCAUCAGAAACACAUCGUCAUCCUCAUCAUCGUCAAUUUUCGAAGCCAGCUCGUCAGCCAUACAAAACCAAUACGUCAUCGUCGUCAUCACCACAGUCUCAUAUAAAAUCGUCUUCAAAUCGUCAAAACUAUUCCCGCUACUCACGCCACAGCCAACAACAAACCGUUCCAAAAAACUAUCAUCAGCAGAGUUCACAGUACACUUCAUCGAACGGUAAGAAUUUGUGUAAAAAUUGUGGACAGGUUCACAAAUACACAUGUCCAGCUAUCGGUGUAACUUGCUAUAGGUGUAGAGGUAAAGAUCAUUUUUCGAAAAUGUGCCCAAGAAAUAUUCAAGUCCGCAACAUCGAAUUUAUGCCUGAUGUGUCUGAUACAGAAUCAGUCUUGUCAUCAUUGUUUAUUGGCGUGCUACAACAGCAGAACGAGAACCAGCAACGUCAUCAUAAUUCUCAUCAUCAGAUCCAGAAUCAACCACGUUAUCAACAUGACGAAGAUGAGCCCCAGUGGCAUGUGUCUUUGCAGAUAAACAACUGCAACAUUUCCUGUCAACUUGACACAGGAGCUCAAGGUAAUGUCAUGUCUGCCAAUCAACUACAAACACUUGGAUUAUCUAGUAAUUAUAUUAAAUCAAGUAAUCAAAAUUUAAUAACGUUUAGUGGUGAAAAAAUUUAUUCAUUAGGAUAUUGCAUGCUAGAUUGUACUUAUAAAAAUAUAGUUUAUAAAAUCAAAUUUAUUAUUGUAGAAAUUGAUUGCAAGUGUCUUAUAGGUCUUAAAACGUGUCUUGAAAUGAAAUUAAUUAAGAAAAAUGAUGAAUUUAAUCUAAAUGUCAAUGCAAUGUGUUCUAAAAAUGAAAAUGAUAUUCACAAUUUGCCCAAUUUUAUAAAAGAUUUUAAAGAUGUUUUUGAGGGUUUAGGUUGUUUAAAAGAAAAGUGCCAUUUUAAAGUUAAAUGUGAUGUCACUCCGGUAGUUGACUGCCCUCGUAAAAUUCCUUUCGCGUUAAAGUCGGAUUUUAAAAAAGAGCUCGAAAGAUUAGAACGAUUAAAUGUAAUAAAAGAAGUCAAAGAGCCUACUCCGUGGGUUAACUCUAUUGUCUUGGUUAAAAAACCCAAUGGGAAUUUACGUUUGUGUCUUGAUCCGCGUAAUUUAAACAAGGCGAUUCUUCGCCCACAUUUUCAAUUUCCAAACGUGGAAGAUUUUAAAGCUCAUUUGAGUGGUUCAAAAUAUUUUUCCGUUUUAGAUGCAAACUCGGGCUUUUGGAUGAUUCAGCUAGAUGAAGAAUCUUCAAUGUUGUGCACUUUUCAUACGCCUUUCGGUCGUCGUCGUUUUUUGCGCCUACCUUUUGGUAUAAAUGCAGCGCCGGAAAUUUUUCAUUGUGAAAUGGUCAAACAGUUCAGUGAUAUUCCAAACCUAGAAAUUUAUAUAGAUGAUUUUUUGAUUCAUGCAACGACCAAAGAACAGCAUGACAAAAUAUUAAAGUUAGUUUUACUUAGAGCCAGGGAUAUAGGUUUAAAAUUUAAUCCUACAAAGUCGAAAUUUUGUCAAACUGAAGUAACUUUUAUCGGUCAUUUAUUUAGUCAUGAUGGUGUUCGUCCCGAUCCAUCCAAAGUUGAAGCGAUUUGUGCUAUACCCAGGCCAAAGUCCAAGACGGAGUUACAACGUUUCCUGGGUAUGGUGAAUUAUUUAGGUACAUUCGUAAAGGGCAUGUCUACUCAAAAUGUAAAUUUGCGUAAUCUGUUAAAGAAAGAUGUAGAAUGGCAUUGGUCCGAUGACCAUGAAAAAGAGUUUCAAAAACUGAAAGAGUUGAUUUCCAACACACCAGUCCUAACUUAUUUCGAUGUCAAUAAACCAUUGACACUUUCAGUUGACGCGUCACAGAGUGCAGUUGGAGCUGUAAUUUCUCAUGAUGGAAAUCCUAUCGCGUACGCCUCAGCUACACUAACAUCGUCUCAACAAAACUACGCUCAAAUCGAGAAAGAGCUUUUCGCGAUUUUAUUUGGAUGUACAAAGUUCCACGCUUUUGUUUUUGGCAAAACAGUGUUAGUUGAGACGGACCAUAAGCCCUUGGUUCCUCUUUUCGAAAAGGCAUUAUAUAAAGUCCCAGCACGGUUACAGCGAUUUAUGCUAAGACUCUUAGCAUAUGAUUUAAAAGUUAUUUUUAAACCCGGAAAGUACAUGUAUGUCGCCGACACAUUGUCUCGUGCUGCAAUGCCAAACGCAACUCUAACGGAAUUUGACAAAGACAUUAGUCUUCAUUGCAAUUUAGUUCUUUCUUCUCGUCCAUUAUCAAUGUCAAAGUCAAAAUAUGAAGAAAUUCAAAAAGAAACGAAAGAGGAUAAUGUAAUGUCAAAAGUCAUUGAAUUUCAUUUAGCCGGAUGGCCAAACAACAAAUCUAAAAUUAAUGAAUUGUUAAUGCCAUAUUACAAUAUUCGAAAUGAAUUCGAAGUAAUAGAUUCGCUAUUGUACAAGGCAAAUCGCCUAGUGAUUCCUUUAAAAAUGCGCCAUAAUAUUUUAAUGCUUUUGCAUGAAGGACACAUGGGUAUAGAAAGAUGUAGGAAUCUAGCCAAACAAUCAAUUUACUGGCCAAAUAUUGACCAAGACAUUUUAAACGUCAUAAAAAAUUGUGACGUAUGUAUUCGCCACCGCUCGAAAAACCAAAAAGAACCAAUUCAAUUUCAUAAUGUUGUAUCUAUUCCAUGGUUCAAAAUCGGUAUGGAUUUAUUUGAAUUCAAUAAAUGUAUGUAUUUAUUGGUCGUCGAUUUUUUCUCAAAAUAUAUUGAGAUUGCACAAUUAAAUAAAAGUUAUUCAAGUAAUGUCGUCAUAACUCAUCUCAAGUCUAUUUUCGCCCGUCAUGGAAUUCCAACCAUUAUGUUGAGUGACAAUGGACCCCCUUUCAACUCUGAGGAGUUUAAAAAUUUUUCUGAAAAAUGGGGAAUUGACCAUGUUACCUCAAGUCCAUAUUUUCCUAGGUCCAAUGGAUUGGCUGAAAGAUCUGUUCAGACUAUUAAAAAAAUGCUUAAAAAAUGUCACGAAACACAUUCAGAUCCAUAUGUUGCUCUUUUGCACUAUAGGACAACUCGUAAGGGAAACAUUAACUCGCCUUCCGAACUUUUAAUGUCUAGGCAAUUAAAAACAAAACUUCCCGUUUUAAAUGAAAAUUUAAAGCCUGUGAAUGUUGACCUUGAUGAGCAUAAUAGGAAAAUUAAACUCCAGCAAAAUAAGACCCGUAAUUACUAUGACAAAAAUGCUAAGACCUUACCAACAUUGACCGAUGGUCAAAAUAUUUUCUAUAAGAAAACUCCAAUUUCUAAUUGGGAACCAGGUAUAGUUUUGCAGAAAUGCCAAGAGCCUCGAUCUUACAUAAUUAGUUCAAAUGAUGGUUCAGAAUAUCGUCGUAAUAGGGAGCAUCUCCUAGAGGGAUCCUCAAUUGACGCUGAAAAAAUUACAUCUGAAAAUAGUGACCAAAUUCAAAAUGAAAAAAUUCAACAAGAAUCAUUGUCCGUUGAAGGAAAAAGUAAUGAAGAUGUACCUCAUUCUAGUGAUUCGAAUAGCCUCACUCCAACGCCUGAUUAUGUAACUCGCUUCGGAAGAACAGUAGCGCCACCGAGUCGAUUCGCGUUUGAUUAAAAUAAUUUUCGUAACAUAUAAUGGCAUUUUUCUAAUCGUAGCAUUAUUGAAUUAUUAAAAUUUAAAAUUGAAAAUUUGAAUUGUUUAAUUUUAUAAUUAAGUUAUUGAAUUGCUAAAUGCAU